UGUGUAGACCUAUAUAUAUAGGGACAUGGACACUAUUCACCUGCACCAGAGUGGAUGGUGCUGACCUCUUCACAAUAAAGAUGGGCGAUUGUAAUAUCAUCCAGUGAGUCUGAUAGUGGAUUACCCUGCUACAUGGAUCUCAUAAAGCGCAUGGUUUUGCAAAAACUGUGCUUCAGCAACAUUGCUAAUUCUUAUCAAUGUAACAUCAGCAGUAUAGCUACACUGGUGAUCUUCCCUGCUGUGUGUCUCGCUUUAUUGGUGGUAGGACCUCCAACUCCUGCGAGUCAAUUCCAAUUGUGAUCAAAUUCCAACCGCACGAGUAUGAAGUAAUGGAGGGAAGUAAUACACAAGUGUGUCUGGUUAUCACAAAUGGCACCGUCUUGUCUGGGAUCACUAUUGACGUACAUCUGGACCCUUCCACUGAAUAUAAUACUUGUCGAGAGGUGGAUUUCCCUGAGGGUGCUACUGUCGGUGACCAUCAAUGCAUUACUUUCCCCAAUACCUCUCUGCAAGCCGGUCAGUACAGAUUGGUAGUAACUCCACCCGAGGAUUCCCCAUCUGAUUCUGCAAGAUUCAUUGUUCAUGAAAAGGAGAAUGUCACAGGGGUGUUGGAUUGGGUAAAGGGUCUCACAGGUGCUGCUGUGGCUGUUAUUAUGAUUGUUGGUGGUGGUUGUGCAGUUUACAUUUAUUACCUGAUCCGUAGGAGUAUCUUUAGUUAUCUUGAUUGGGCCUUGCGCACAUGUUCAGCAAUCAUUGGCAUCUCUAAUGAGCAGACGGUUGACAAUGCUCAACGACCUGAGACUAUGCUAUAUUCCCGUCGCCCAGUACAAGAAAGAGGAAAUGAACCUCCUGGUUUAGCAACUCGCCGGGGAAACCAAGACACUGUCGAGCAAUCUGAUGUACAACGUGAAUACACUCAAAUCUUCCCUAAUCUAAUGGGGAAUCAAGAGGAAGGUGCCAAUUGCAAUUACAACAUUACCCUCCCUGUAUGCGUGGAGCUACCUGUAACCCAUGGAUCCACUCAACCCAACGAUGGAUCUUCCACUAGCGAUUCUGCAACUGUAUACUCACGGCCCGCACACACCAAGCCUUCAGCUGUGCUGAAUCCGACGACCAUUCUUUUAAUAGAACACACUCAAAGCCUUUGCUGAAGAGCGUAUGAUGAAAGCUACUUAUGUAUAGUGAGCAAUUAAAAAUUAUAUUGCACAAAACUGUAUAACGUUUUUUAUGCUGUCAAAAUUAUAUUGAAUAUGCAUGGAUGUGCUCCCUUAUUUUUUAUUCCUGCAAUAUUAAAACAGAAUU